AUGUCCAUCAGUCAAUCUCCACUCACCAGCAGCCAUGGAAUUGUUGAAGACUCUACAGGCUCUCGUCAAUCGCCUUCAACAUGGCCACCGGCGGAAGAGCAAGCUGCGGAUGGGCAGGUCAUGUACCCUUUCCGAAACUUUUGGAGCCCGGACGGCAACAUUGGUGAAGUGCUUUUCGCACUUCCAACGAGAGAACGAGCAGACGCGCUUAUCUCGUCAUUUUUCGAGCACAUAGAUCCUCUAUAUCCUAUUAUCUCAGAGAACAUGUUCCGGAACCGCUUCGAGGAGUUUUGGGCGCUUCCCGCGAAUGAAAGAAGCAAUUUCAACACGACUUGGGUUGCGCUGCAAUUUAUUGUCUUCGCCUCGGGCCACCUAUACCUACACGAUCCGACGGCAGCAGACUUCACAUCCAUCUCUGAGACGUACCUGUCGUGCUGCUAUCGAGCUCUGGUCCUAGGCUCGUUCCUGAGUGAAUGGUCUUUGGGAACCAUCCAAGUUUUAAUUCUCAUCUGCAACUACUUCGUGACUAACAACCGGACAGCGGACUGCUGGACGUUCUCCGGCAUUUUACAGAAAGUCGCCUAUGGCUUGGAGUUGCACCUCCCUCCAGCUGCAUACACGUCAAUCUCGGAGAAGCACCUUCGGUGUGCACUGUGGCAGGCUUUCAUGUUCCAGGAUGUUUCGCUGUCGUACUUUCUUGAGCUGGUCCCUGCAUCUUGCCACCACACCAUUGACGUCAGUCAGUUACAGGUUGGCGAAGACGGCGACAACAAUCUAGACAGUAGGUUGAGAGAGAUGCUAUCAUCGGAGCGAGGCGACAUCGACAUCGCGUUCAUCGGCAGCAAGACAGACAUCGCAUAUCAGCGCGCCAUUUGGAAAUUCUCGAAAUUCAUGCAGAAGAACAUCUGUCUCCCGUCGGCCCUGGGGAAGCCCAUUGCUAAAGAUAUCGCCCAUAAGGCCGGCCUCAUCUCGGACUUACAACGUAUCUACGACAAUAUUGAUCCGCCAUUCAACAAUCCUGACCUUCCCCGUCAGCAUGGACGAGUAUGGAGACAGAUGAUCAUGAUUGCAAGCAACUACAACUUUGCAUUGAGCAUGCUGUAUCUCGCUCACAACCCGGCGGCUGAGGUGAACCCAGAUUGGCGUGGCGCGUUACGAUCCUCAAACAAGGUCAUGUCGGCAUUCUUCAGCUUGGUCAACCAUGAUCGUCAAUAUUUGACACUCUGGACGCCGAUACACACGCGUGCAUAUGCACAGACGCUGAUGAUCUGCAAAGCCCUCUCGACUGCCAAGGAGCAAACAGAUGGAAACGAAGAUCCAUGGCUACAAUUGGCCGUGGGACACUAUGAGCGCUAUGUGGAUCUCCUGACCCAUGCCCACGGCUCUUGGGCGUUUGAGCUGAAGAAGCGGGAGUAUCUCAAUGUCCUCGCUGGAUAUCGAGAUCUUCUAUCGCCGGCGGCUUGA